AGAGCCCUCACAGUGUGUGUGUGAGACAAGGAUAGAUAUUCACUUGUCUGUUUCUCCUGACUUAAAGCAACAUGUUUCUCCUUUUGUUGUUUGUUUUGUGUGUUACAGAAACUCUCUCAUUUAAAAUCUGCUCUUUUAAUGUAAGAUCUUUUGGAGAAGCAAAAUGUGCAAAGCCUGAAGUCAUGGACACCAUUGUAAAGAUCAUAUCUCAAUGUGACAUUAUGCUUUUAAUGGAAAUCAAAGAUAACAGCAAGAAAGCCUUCCCAGCGUUAAUGAGAAGACUCAAUAGCCAAGUUGAGUCUCCAAAUGAAUUUGAUUUUGUCAUUAGUGAACGGCUUGGACGCAAAUCCUAUAAGGAACAAUAUGCAUUUAUUUAUAGGAAGGAGCUUGUAUCAGUGAAAGAGACAUACCAAUAUCCAGAUCUUCAGCCAGAAGACGUGGAUGCAUUUUCCCGAGAGCCUUUUGUUGUAUGGUUCAAAGCCCCCAAAACUGAAAUCAAGGAGUUUGUAAUAAUUCCACAGCACACAACACCUGAAGCAGCCGUCCGUGAAAUUGAUGAGCUGUAUGAUGUUUAUCUUGAUGUGAAAGGAAAGUGGAAAUCAAAAAAUUUUAUCUUCAUGGGUGACUUUAAUGCAGCCUGCGGUUAUGUUCCCAAGAAGCAUUGGAAAAACAUACGUCUGAGAAAUAAUACAGAGUUUGUUUGGUUAAUUGAUGACAAAGCUGAUACAACCAUUAGGAGCACCACUAACUGUGCUUAUGACAGAAUCGUUCUGCAUGGAGAGAAGUUAAUCAAUUCCAUUGUACCAGACUCUGCAGGUAUAUUUGAUUUUAUGGACGCUUUUGGAUUGUCAGAGGCCCAGGCUCUGGAAGUCAGUGACCAUUUCCCAGUCGAAGUGCAAUUAAAUGCAGCCAAGAGUUUUAUUGCAAAAAUAAAGUCGUUUUUCAAAAAGAAAAUCAAAAACUGAAAAUGAUCUCAUAAGCCAUAAGAAAUACAGAGAGGAUUUACAGCACAGGCACUACUUUGAAUUGUUAUGCAGUAUAUAUUAGUAUGCACUAAAUUAUCUUAGGCUUGCCUAUUUUAUAUAUUAGACAUGUGCGUUUCGUUUCGUUCCGAAUUUAAAUUCGGACGAAUUUGUCAAAUUCGGAGAUUCGAAUCGAUUAGAAUUUCCGAAUUACCGUGGCACCGAAUCUAACGAAUAAAUCCAAAUUAGUUCGGAUUUAUUCGUAACAUUCGGAUGGCCAUGGACUAAUCACAAUUACACUAGUAUUGUACUGUAUAUUAGGUUAUAUCACUCUGCUAUGGGAUACACUUAAUAUUACAGUAAAUAAUACUAGUCUAAUACACAGCACAUCGCACCUAACACAUACCGAACUUCCGAAUUUACGAAUCGAAUCCGAACCGAAUACAUCCGAAUUUAUUCAAAUCCGAAUGAAUCCGAACAAAUCCGAAACUAAUGCAUUCGAAUGUAUCCGAAUUCGAAUCGAUCCGAAAACGAAAUUCGAAAACAUCCGAAUCGAUCCGAAACGAACAGAAACAAAUUUUUUCGCCGCGCACAAGUCUAUUAUAUAUAAGAAAUAUGAAGGGUAAAACUAAAAAUAACAAAUCUUCUAUAUCUUGAAAUAACCAAAUAUAUUGUGGACUUUGCUUGAACGUACAGUUAACGCUUGAUAGAUCAGUGUAAUUCUCUGCUUGCCACAUUCUGUGUUGUAUGUUCUUGGUUAUGAAAAAAAAUAAAAACCUCACACUAAGAA